ACUCCCACAGAUUACAUGUACAUGAUGAAAUGUCCCAGAGAUGAGGAGUUCACAGAGGGUCGACUAAUUCCAUAUGGAAAUAUUGAGUUGAGCCCUGGUGCUUGUGUCUUGAACUAUGGCCAGGGUCUAUAUGAGGGACUGAAGGCAAGAAGGACAGAAGAUGGAAGGAUUGUGAUAUUCCGGCCUGAUCAAAAUGCAUUGCGCAUGAAAAUGGGUGCCGAAAGAAUGUGCAUGCCUGCUCCUUCUGUUGAUCAGUUCGUCGAUGCAGUCAAGCAGACCGUUAUUGCUAAUAAACGUUGGAUUCCUCCUCCAGGGAAAGGCACACUUUAUAUUAGACCUUUGCUCCUAGGAAGUGGACCGCUCCUCGGUCCAGGCCCUGCUCCUGAGUUCACAUUCCUUAUUUAUACUACUCCUGUUUGCAUUUACUGUUUCAAGGAAACGAGCACGGGCUUAAACUUGUAUGUUGACGAUCAAUUUCAUCGUGCGUCCCCUGGUGGUGCUGGUAAUGUGAAAUCGAUUACCAACUAUGCACCAGUUUUCAAACCUAUGAAAAAGGCAAAAAGCGAAGGAUUUACUGAUGUCCUGUAUCUUGAUUCUUCGAGCAGUAAAUAUGUAGAGGAGGUUUCUGUCUCCAAUAUAUUUAUCGUCAAGGACAAAACAAUAUCAACUCCAGCAACAAGUGGCACUAUUCUCGCGGGAGUGACAAGGAACAGCAUCAUUGAAAUAGCAUGUGAUCUUGGUUUUAAGGUUGAGGAACGAAAAAUUCCGGUCGAGGAAUUGCUCGAAGCAGAUGAAGCUUUCUGUACCGGAACUGCCUCCGGGGUUGCACCUGUGGCCAGCAUCACAUACCAAGGCAAACGGGUAGAAUACAAGACAACAAACAUCAAUUCAGUGAGUGGGAAGUUGUUAUCAACGUAUGACGCAAUUGUAAAUGGUCAGCUUAAAUACAAGAAUACUGGUUGGUUAGUUGAAAUUAACUAAGCUGGUACUAGUGGUAUACCGUUUCUCCCUGAAACAGACCGAUCGGCAUUCAAUUAAACAUGUAACGCUCCCUCAAUUAAUAAUAAAAAAAACACGUACAUGCAAAAUUUCUUGGGACUUAUUUCACUGUAUUAUAUUCAUCGUGUCUUGCAAAAUUUCAUCAAUAAGACAGACUCUUUGACGAAAGAGCUUUUGUACAUGCACUCUAGGGCCAUAUGGCCAAUGUCCGUGUUUGACAAGAAGAGGAUAACUAUUAUGGAGUAUCUGGUAUGACCGUAUGACUAUAGAUA